AUGGCGGCGGCGGGGAGGGGGGACAGUAGUUUUAAAGUAGACACCCGCCCUUGCCUCAGAGAAGAUACAACUGGGAAUGAACAGGAAAAGACUGAACUUUUUACAGAUAACUUUUGUAAUGUAUGCAGAGUUGUGCUACCGUUUGAAUCACAAAGGAUUUCACAUUAUGAGAGUGAAAAACAUGCUGAAAAUGUUAGGUUUUAUUUUCAUAUGUAUGGAAAACAAAAUGAAGUGCCUAGUAAAAAAAUGAAGAUGGAUGUUAGAAAUUUUCAGGUGCAUAAGACUGAGGUAAUGGACAGAAACAAAUUUUGUGAUCUCUGCAACAUGAUUUUUAACUCUCCAGUUGUUGCUCAGUCUCACUAUGUGGGGAAAGUCCAUACUAAAAAAUUGAAGCAAUUAAUGGAGGAGCAUGAUCAGGUAUCUCCAUCAGGAUUUCAGGCGAAGAUGGCAUUUAGUAUGAGAACCUACAUUUGUCAUAUUUGUAAUAUCACCUUUACAUCAUUAGAAAUGUUCCGGUUCCAUAUGCAAGGAAGUGAACAUCAAAUUAAAGAAUCCAUUAUUAUCAGUCUAGUGAAGAAUUCAAAGAAGACACAAGACUCUUACCAAGUAGAAAGUGAAGAUUACAUCAAAGCGCAGAAAGUUAGAGAACCAGAGCCCAAGAUUUGUUUCAGAAAGAUGGAAGAUAAUUCUUUGGAAACCCGUGGAUACAGAAAAGUGGUUGAUUUCCAAUCCAGACAUAGAGUAUAUGAACAAAGACACCCAUAUGAGACUUUCCGGACAUACCCAGAAUCAUACAAAAUUUCACAAACAGUGGAAAACCACUUACCUCAUUACUUACCAGCUUAUUCAAAGACAUAUGACUCUUUUCAAGAUGAACUGGAAGAUUACAUCAAAGUGCAAAAAGCCAGAGGAUUACAUCCCAAGACUUGUUUCAGAAAGAUAAGAGGGAAUUCUAUGGAAACCUAUGGGUACAGAGAAGUUGAUUCUGGAUCCAGACAAAGAAUCAAUGAGCAAAGAUUUCCCGUUCAGACUCCUCAUACCUUCCCACAACCAUACAAUAUUUCACCAGUGGAAAGCCAGUUACAUCAUUGGUUACCACCAGCUUAUUUAAAGAGGACAUAUGAUUAUUCUUUCCAAAAUGAACUUGAAGAUUACAUCGAAGUGCAGAAAGCUAGAGGACUACAUCCGAAGACUUGUUUCAGAAAGAUAAGUGAUAGCUCUAUGGAAACCCAUAAGUACAGAGAAAUGUUCGAUUCCAGACCCAGACAUAGAAUGUCUGAGCCAAGAAUCCCAUUUGAGACUUUCCAGACCUACCCAGAAUCACACAAUAUUUCACAAGUAGUGAAAAGUCAGUUACCUCAUUGCUUACCAGCUCAUGACAGCAAACAGAAACUAGACUCUAUGACCUAUUGUCAGCCCACCAGAGACUAUUUCCCAGAAAAACCAGUACCCCUAAGCCUUAGUCAGCAAGAAAACAACUCUGGCUUAUACAGUGUAGAAUCUGAAGUUUACAAGCACCUCUCCUUAAAAAACACCACCAGUGACCCUCAAGCAGGUCAUAAACGGAGACAUCAGAAGAGAAGGCAUCUGGAGGAAGGUGAAGAAAAGCCAGAGAAAGAGCAUUCCAAGCAUAAAAAGAAAAAGAGUGAGGACAAGAGCAUCCGACAAAAGAAAAGAGAGCGAGAUAAAGUUAGUGUCAGUUCAGGCAAGCUUAAGCACCGAAAAAAGAAAAAAAGCCACGGUACACCCUCUACAAAAGAAGAACGUAAGCACAGGAAAGAGAAAAAGAAAUCUGUUGAAGAAAAGACAGAAGAGGAAAUGCUUUGGGAUGAGUCUAUUCUUGGAUUUUGA